AAUUUGGAAAAAAGAUCGAGUAAAGAGUUGAUAGCAAUGGAGUCGCGAAUGGAUCAUUACGAGAUAAUGGAACAGAUCGGCCGCGGCGCUUUCGGUGCUGCCAUUCUCGUUCACCACAAAUCCGAGAAGAAAAAGUAUGUGUUGAAGAAGAUCAGAUUGGCGCGGCAAACGGAGCGUUGCAGGAGAUCUGCACAUCAAGAAAUGGCACUUAUUGCGCGAAUUCAGCAUCCUUACAUUGUUGAAUUUAAGGAAGCUUGGGUUGAGAAAGGUUGCUAUGUUUGCAUUGUUACUGGCUACUGUGAAGGUGGAGAUAUGGCUGAAUUGAUGAAAAAAUCAAAUGGGGUGUAUUUCCCCGAGGAGAAACUUUGCAAGUGGUUCGCACAGCUGCUUCUGGCAGUUGACUAUCUGCAUUCAAAUUUUGUUCUGCAUCGGGACCUAAAGUGCUCCAACAUAUUUCUUACCAAAGACCAAGAUGUCCGCCUUGGGGAUUUUGGCCUUGCCAAGACUCUGAAGGCAGAUGAUUUGGCUUCCUCGGUGGUUGGAACUCCCAAUUACAUGUGUCCUGAAUUGCUUGCUGAUAUUCCUUAUGGUUUCAAGUCUGAUAUCUGGUCUCUGGGGUGCUGUAUGUACGAGAUGGCUGCUCAUCGCCCUGCUUUUAAAGCUUUUGACAUGGCUGGGUUGAUAAGCAAGAUAAAUCGUUCCUCUAUUGGCCCUUUGCCUUCUUGCUACUCUCCAUCCUUGAAAACGCUUAUCAAGGGCAUGCUAAGAAAGAAUCCAGAGCAUCGACCCAGUGCAUCAGAGCUUUUGAAGCACCCUUAUUUGCAGCCAUAUGUUGAUCAGUAUCGUCCAUCCUUCAGCUGCCCUUCGACAAAUUGCUCACCGGAUAAGCAUAUUUCCGCUAAUCGUGAUACUAGGAAAAAUAUGGCUGAGAGUCAGAAUAGUAAUAGCUCAUGUAGUGAUAAAGAUAGUUUGCUUUCAAGUGACAGAAAUACUGCCACAAUGGUUUCAAAUAGCAAUAGUAAGGCCACUGACACAGAUGCAAUUUCUAUUGAUGAUGAAGAUGGCACUGAGCAGCACCCAGCUAGCGAAGAAGAGAAUGGCCCCACUAUUUGCACUACCAAAGGUGAUGAAAAAGUAAUAGUAAAACCUUCUUAUAUGGAACAGGGAUCUAACAUUCAAUCAAAGCAACCAAAAACCAUAAAAAGUAUAAUGAUGGCUUUGAAAGAAGGGAAAGUAAGAGAAAAUGGUUCCCCAGUGAGAGGCAACCGUACAAAAGCUGUAGGUGGUUUGACUCAAAGAAAUAAUAUAGAGGCAUCACCCAAAGUUCUGAAGCCACCUGCUCCUGCUCUGGGUUCAAAGUCUAAUGCAGAUACACCAACAGUUGCUUCAGCAAAAUUACCAUUAGAUGCUGCAAAAAGGAUAACAGGAUCACACACUUUAAAGCACCAGUUGCCUUUGAUUGAUUCCUCCCCAAAGACUAAACCUAGACACGAAGGGAUUCCUCCACCUGCUCCUGGGAGGCAUGUUGUUGAAGAUGGAUUAUCUUCUAAGCCAAGGCAAAGAACUCCUCCUUCCAAUGUGGCAAGAAGAUCAUUGAUUACGGGCAGAAUGAAGCAUGCAGGAACUGAUGUUUCAAAUGUGGCAAGUAACAUACCAAGGUUAGGAUCUACAGAGAUAAACCAGGAGCGUGAAGCCAUUCCUCGUCAACUGCCCAAUGGUUGCCUUAUAAAUGCUUCUGGGGAGGUUAUGCAAGAGCCUGAGAUAGCUCUAAGUGUAACUACCAAGGGGGUGCAAACAGAUAGCAGUAAUUCUAUCUCCUCUUCAAUCUCAAUUCAAGCAUUUGAGAUAUGUGAUGAUGCAACAACCCCUUUUAUUGACAUGACAGAACAGACACAUGAUCGUGAGAUAAUCACCCACAUCAAGAGCUUGGAAUCACAUCCACUAUUCAGCUCUCCUGCUUCUCUGCAAUCAAAGAUGCCUGAGGUUCUGUCGAGAGAAAGCCAUGGGCACGAUCAUAAAUCAGUAACUUGUUCAACUGAAGAAUCUGGUCCGGCCCAAGAUCUUCUGGAUUUCACUUCAGUUGAUGGAAGAGUGAGUUUGAGUGCCCCUUUGGACCUUCCACUCCCAAGUUCUGAAGAAAUAUCUGUUCAUAGAGAUGAUACCGCUGUAAGCAGGGCAGUUUGUAGAGAUGACAAUCCUUUAAGCAGGACAAGUAGUAGGGAUGUUGCUCCUUUGAGCAGGACAAGUAGCAGGGAUGAUGCACCUAUAAGCACGCCAAGUCGUAGGGAUGAUGCCCUUAUAAGCACUUUAAGUCGUAGGGAUGAUGCCCUUAUAAGCAGGCCAAUUAUCAGGGAUGAUGCCCCUAUAAGCAGGCCAAUUAUCAGGGAUGAUGCCCCUAUAAGCAGUUUGAGUAACAGGGAUGAUGCCUCUAUAAACAGGUUAAGUAGUGGGGAAGAUGCCCCUGUAAGUGGGCCAACUACUGGAGAAGAUUCCCCCAUAAGCAGGCCAAGUAGUAAGCAUGAAACUGUGGCAAGCAGACCUAGUAGUAGGCCUGAUAUGAUGCUCCAUUCAAAUCUUUCUUCUGCAUCCAGUGGUGAUGACAAGUUCACUGUAAUGGAACUUCUAUCAUCGGUUGCAGAAACUAUGCCUUGCAUUGCCUCGCCAAUUUCAUCUAGCCAGAAGAAUUCACAGCCAGAUAAAGGAAUUAAUCUGCAUAAUCCAGCAAUUGAAAAACCAGGUGCGACCUCUCGUCCUCCAGCUUUUGAUGAUGUUAUACAUGUUAUAAGGCACAGUAGCUUCCGAGUUGGCAGUGAGCAGCCAGUGAUAGAAAAAGUAGAAAUGGGUGUUCAAAAUGUGGAUGUUGGAAAACUCAUAAAUGUUGUGAGGGAUGAAAUAGAUAUGAGAAACAUGACUAGUCCUGUGACCCUUAAGUCAUCAAGUUGCUCUGAAGCUUUAAGUUCAAAAUCAAAUGCUUCGGAUUAUUCCGGUGUUAAAGAAACGGAAGAUAGGAACCCCAUUUCCUCAUCUCCAAAAUCUGAUUCAGCAGAGCCUGUGAAAACCAGCUCUUCUGUGACAGAAGAGGAGACUUCAGCAAAGGAAACUUUGGAUGUCAAAUCUUUUAGGCAGAGGGCAGAGGCACUUGAAGGGCUUCUGGAAUUGUCUGCAGAGUUACUGCAGCAGAACAGAUUGGAAGAGCUCUCAGUUGUUUUGAAGCCUUUUGGGAAAGAUAAGGUGUCACCGAGGGAGACAGCUAUCUGGUUAGCCAAGAGUCUGAAAGGAAUGAUGAUUGAGGAGUGUGGACGGAGUUCAUGAAGUAAUAUUUCUGGGGGUAAGCCUUCUGUUUUGUUUUUACUUUUAUUUAUUCACGUUGCUGUGGUAAUUGUUAGCUUCGUAUCAUGCUUAUCACCUUUCACUUCCAUUUGUAUUUUUAAACAGAAAAACCAGGUCUUCUCCUUUUACCUCAUUCUGUAAUUCUUUCAAUGCAUUUUGUUGUUGUAAAUAGUUGACAAUACGAAUUAAGUAAACUUGUUGUCCGGAGAAAUGUACGGAUAUGCUAUAGAACGUGGUGAAUGCAAACCAAAGUGCAAUUGCUAUGAUUUUUAUCGGCUGUUUGGACAUUGCAGCAAUGCAUAUAGAUCUCUGGAUUUCUUUUUCCGGAUA